AUGAUCGAAAACCUGUAUCAGCUGCUACAUUUCCUUAAUGUAAACAGUUUUUCAGUCUUCACGGUUAUCAAGCAGAGUUGCCUUUAAAUCCUCGCAGUGAGGCAAGCGGAUUCUUCCCGUUGGUUAUGAAGUAAAUCGUUAAACGUGCGCAGAUUGGCGGCUCUUUUUGCACCAACCAUAAUGAAAAACAAGAAACCAUCGGACAUCUCAUCCAGCGAAGUGCAGGAUAUUUCUGACGUCGUUGGAAGUUUUGGUCCUUGGCAGAAGACGGGUGUUUAUAAUAUUCUUUUAUAUCAACAUCGUUGGAAUUUGGCAAAACCUCUCUAUCACUUUCUUGGCUCCAAAUAUGGAUUUCUGGUGUGUUGAACCCAACAGUACGGACUCUUCUUCCCUUCACGUCUUGCUAAACAGCACCGAUCAAAUACUCAGAAGACUUAACAACGAUACUUCUAAGGAUGAAUGUAUGAUAACCGUAUAUUCAGAACAGAAUGUCACUAUGGUUUCUUUUGUCAACAUAUCUCAACCAGAGAUAGUACCCUGCACAAAGUGGCACUAUGAUACUUCUUAUACCUCUCAAACUUUAGUUAGCGAGUUUGAUCUUGUGUGCGAUAGAGAAUGGCUCGUAUCUCUAGCUAAAUCAAUAUACAUGAUAGGAUUUUUGAUAUCUGUAAUAUUCUUUGGGCAGCUAUCCGACUGGAUCGGGCGCUUACCUACGAUCGCCAUUUCGUAUGUCGUUUCCUGUAUCAGUCUGCUUCUGUCUUUGUUAUCCACAUCGUACCUCAUGUUCGUCAUACUGCGCUUUUUUCAGGCAUUUGGUAGAACUGGAUUGACAACCAUUGGAUUCGUAUUGUUGAUGGAAAUAGUUGGACCUCAUCAUCGAACCGAAGCAGGAAUUGCCAUCCAGUUAGGAUGGACUGUGGGUUUCAUCACUUUGGCACUUGUAGGUUAUCUUUUCAGGCACUGGUUUUGGUUCCAAGUUGCAAUGUCAGUACCUCUCUUACCUCUAAUGUUCGCCUACAAGUUUAUUCCUGAAUCUCCUCGGUGGCUGCUGAUACAAGGAAAGGUCAAACAGCUCGAAAAAAUACUGAUCGAAGGAGCUAAAUUGAAUGGCCAGGAAUUAAAAUACGCAAUCAAAGAUUUGAAAAUGUUGACGGAGCAAAAACCUGGACAAGAUCGAAGCACUGUUUUCGAUCUUUUCAGAAGUCCUAAAAUGAGAUGCAGAGUGCUCAAUAUGAUUUACCUUUGGAUAGUAAAUGCCUUUAUGUACUAUGGUUUAUCUUACAACACUAAUGACCUUGCUGGAAAUCCGUAUUUGAAUUUCUUCCUUGCCGGAGCACUAGAGAUUCCAGCAUACGCGUCUGUGUUCUUUGGUAUAAAGAAAUGGGGCAGAAGACCAACGCUGACCUUUUUCAUGCUGGUUGGAGGCUGUGCAUGCGCAGCUAUUAUAGCCGUCCCAGAAAGUAUUUCAUGGCUGUCAACGGCAUUCGCCAUGAUUGGAAAAUUUUGUAUAUCGGGUUCUUUUGGCAUUCUUUACCUAUACACGAGCGAACUCUUCCCGACAGUUGUCAGGAAUGUUGCAAUUGGUACAUGUUCGAUGUGGGCCCGUGUGGGUUCUAUUUUGGCACCCUUUGUCAAGGAACUGGGUAAAGCCACGCAUCCUUCCGUACCUAAUGUUAUCUACGCCGUCCUCGCUGUGUCCAGUGGGCUUCUGGCACUUCUUCUGCCGGAAACUAAAGGCCAAAAAAUGCCGGAUUCUUUGUUGGAAGGAGAGCAUUUUGGAGAACAUGAACCUUGAAAGACAGUGGCAAAUGUUCGAAUAACAAAAGAACUUUCUUCAUCUCGGAGUUCGAAUUCCACAGCUGGAUAUCACAGCAUUGGAUUUUAGCAAGACAGGAAAUAGACGCCAUCUUAGACUGUAUACCUGUAUAGUAGAUAAUGAUCUGAAAUAACAAUAUUUUACACGGCCCACACAUUUCUCAUAUUUCAAUAAAAAUACGUUUUUGAGAGAAAGAAAUUUUUUGUACUAUUUUUAAAUAAAAGAGUAAUAACCUUGGCAAUAA